AUGCGCGCAGUGUUCCUGUUCCUCAACUCCGACUUCAAGGCCAUUGAAACACUACUCCACCACAAGCGCCAUACGCUGCUGUACGCUUCCGAGGGACACGCGGCCAUCCAGUACCUGCGCGCCAUGAUGACAUUCAGCAAAGAGGCGAUGCACGAUGCCCAGACAGCAGCAAACAACACUAUUAAUCUGGCCACGCGCUUCCGCAAGCCACGCGGCGUCGGCGCAAUACUGUCGGCGUCGACUUCACGCGAGGGCAGCCGUGGCACCAAGCCCGACUGGUAUGCACUCCGGGGCAUGACACCCCUGCAGCGCCAUGCCGAGCUUGUCCAUGCUGAGGCGUAUCUGCUGCGAGCCAUGCUGAACAUCGGGACCAGCGGCGGGGCCAUGGCGUUUCUGAAGGAGGGAUGGCACGUAAAAUCUGCCUAUGCCACAUACCGCGACUGUUACUCGUAUAUCCAGGCCGAGUAUGCAGUGGGAAACAUGGUUGAUGAUCAUUUUGUGAGCGGCACAUACCUGGGAAUGGGCGUGUUCAACCUGAUUCUGAGCAUGCUACCGGCGCGUCUCCUGCGCUUUGUCGAGUUUGUCGGUUUCUCGGCCGACCGCAAGCUGGGCCUGGAGCUGCUGGCCAUUGCUGCUGGCUGGCGCACAGAGAUCCACCCGUGUGGGUACGGCCUGAGGUCCGAGUUUUGCUCGAUAAUGCUGCAAAUGUACCAUACGAUGUUCUGCUACGACCUGUUCCUCGGCUACCCGAACCUGCCGCUGGUCGAGAAAGUGAUCCACCGGUCCAUUGCCCAGCACCCGCAGAGCCUGAUCUUUAUGUAUUUCAACGGACGGUCGCACGUAAUCCAUACCGAGCUCGGUGCAGCCAUCAAAAUCUUUGACCGUCUGAUCGCCAACGACCCGCCCAGUGAUAGCGACUGGCGCCAGCUGCAGUACCUCGGAUACUGGGAGCGGUCUUUAUGUCUGAUGGCGCUCGGAAGAUGGCUCGAGGCCGCCCAGGGGUUCAACACACUGCGCACUGAGAAUAACUGGAACAAGGCCGUCUACACGUACGGCCUCGCGUCAUGCCUCUGGGAGCAUUACCUGGUUCAGUGCGGGGGCACCGCGCCUAACCUGAUGAAGACGGUGCCGUCGCUGACGCGCAAGGUGGCAGGGAAGUCAAUCCCAAUCGAGAAAUAUCUAGUGCGCAAGGCACACAAGUUCGCACUGCAAGAGUGUUUCCUGCAGCGGCCUGGUCUGGAGCUCAUCCAUGUCUGG